AUGGAAAAUCCAAAAUUAUUCUACAGCUACAUAAGAAACAGCACACGAAACAGAGAUCCACUCCCCCUCCUGAAGACUAGCGGAGACGUAGAGAUUAGUGAGGAUGGAGAAAAAGCUGAGCACUUUUCACAAUUUUUCAAAUCCAUCUUUAUUAGUGAAAGUCCAUUUACUCCCCCCGACUACGACUUCGAUGAGGGUCCAAAAAUCGAGUCUGUGUCUUUUGAUGAAGCGACGGUUCGCAAAGAGCUAAUGACGCUAAAUGAGUCGAAAUCACCAGGUCCAGACGACAUACCGCCUAAGUUACUGAAGGAGCUCGCUGCCGAACUAGCCAAACCAUUGUCCAUGCUUUUCCAAGCCUCGUUCGAAGCCGGCGGCUUGCCCGCCGACUGGAAAUCUGCGCGGAUCACACCACUGCAUAAAGGAGGCAGCAAGGCCUCUGCAAACAAUUACAGGCCAAGUAGCCUCACUUCCAUCUGCUGCAAACUCAUGGAGAAAAUAAUCAAGCGAGAGCUGAUGCGCUUCCGAGAGCAGCAUAAUUUAUUAUCUGAUGCGCAGCAUGGGUUUCGUAGUGGCAAGUCUUGCGUGACUAACCUGCUCAACUGUUUGGAACGUUGGACUCGGUCAGUUGAUGAAGGCAGUGCGCUGCAUGUAGUCUAUAUCGACUUUAAAAAGGCAUUUGAUAGUGUCCCACAUCAGCGACUCCUGCACAAACUGAGCCGAACAGGCGUUAGGGGUAACCUCUUAAAAUGGAUUCAAAGCUUCCUGUUAGACCGUUGUCAAACUGUCCAUGUCGGUGGCCAGAAGUCGACGGAGGUUGCCGUUGAAAGCGGUGUUCCCCAAGGCUCAGUUCUUGGCCCUACUUUGUUCAUUAUUUACGUCAACGAUUGCGUGAGUGAACUGGAUUGUGGUGUCGCCAUGUUUGCGGAUGACAUUAAGCUCUGGAGCGUCAUUCGAACUGCAGAUGACGAAGAGCAUCUGCAGGCGAACCUAAAUCGACUCCAACAGUGGUCAAAGGCCUGGCUUCUGCCGUUCAACGAGAAAAAGUGCAAUAUUCUACGAGUCGGCAAAGCUCGCUCUCCGAACCAUAUGGCCUACUGCCUAAAUGUUAUACCACUGCAAGAAGUGGACUCGCAGAAGGACUUGGGAGUAUGGAUUACGACCUCGCUCAAAUCCUCGCUGCACUGCACGAAGAUAGCCAAGUCUGCAAUGUCAGUCCUCUACCUUGUCAAGCGGGCUUUCUCUGCCUUUGACGAAGACUGCUUCGCUAAAGUCUUUCGAACUUUUGUGCGUCCGCAACUAGAAUUUGCUAUCCAAGCUUGGAGACCCUGGACCGCGAAGGACCUCAGCAUCCUUGAAAGGGUUCAAAGGCGUGCAACGAAACUUGUGGCAGGACAGGGUUCACUACCAUAUGCAACGCGGUUAGCUAACCUUCAUCUCUUUCCCUUGAGUUACAGGCAGUUACGGGGUGACCUGAUACAAGUCUUCCGUAUCAUACGCGGUCAGGACUGCAGCCUCGUACCGGGUGACUUCUUCGAGUUAGCAACCACCACAAAUCUACGAGGCCAUCCAUUCAAAAUACGUGUGACAGGGGUCAGACUGGACACACGAAAGUUCUUCUUCUCCAACAGAGUGGUAGAAGCCCGGAAUGCCCUGCCUGUGGAUGUCGUUAUGUCUGCUUCCGUCGAGGUUUUUAAGAGGAAGCUGGAUUUGUGUAGCAGUGUGCACUAA